AUGCAAAAUGAGUCUGAAGCAGAAGGAACAAACAGGCUACAAAAGAGAAAACAAGACCAAGCAACCGAAACAGUUGAUGAACGAGCAAGAAUACUUGAAAUACUACGAGCAGUUUUUCACACAGCAAGUUCAAAUGAAAAUGACCAAGAAUCAAAUGAGCAGUUGAGUAUGUCUGUUGAUGCAACUGUAGAUAUAUCUGUUCCUGAAGCAGACGAGGAUAGUGAGUCUGUACAUGAAGCAGAGGGGCCAGAGGUGAGUAGAAAUGAAUAUUUACAUGAGGGUGGUUGGCAAAAUGUUGACAACCCUCUGCAUGAGCUAGAGUUUGUACAAAAUGAAAUGCACAGUUUUCAUUUAGAUCAAGAACAUUUAGAGCAUCGACAAUGUAUAAUGUGUAAAGAAGCUUGGCCGACACGACAGAAUUUAGCAUCAGAAGUAUACAUUUGUUACCGGUGUAAAAGAGACAAGAAAUCACCCAAGAAAUUCAGUGCGGAGAAUGACAUGGACCCAGGAAUAGUUCCUGAACAAUUGAGAGGUUUGACACAGGUAGAAGAAAUGUUAAUUUCAAGGGUUUGUCCCAUUAUGAGAGUGUAUAGAAAACAUGGGGGUCAGAGGGGGUAUAAAGGACAUGUACUUAACUUACCACAAGAUAUUCAAAGUUUCUUGAAUAGGUUGCCUUCUCGUGUGGCAGACUUGCCUGUCUUGAUUGUGCGAAGACAUGGUGCAGAAGACACGCAUCGAGACUUUACUGUGCGUCGACACAAAGUUCUUGAGGCUGUACUAUGGUUAAAGACAAACAAUCCGUUCUUUAAAAAUAUUGAAAUUGAUAGAGAUGUCAUCCAAAGUUUACCAGAAAAUGGUAUUCCUGAUGAGCUAAGGUAUGUCAUUGAUGAAAAUGAGCUUUCAGUUCAUGUUGAAAAUGAGGGGCCUCCCCAAGACCCAGUAAUGAGUGCUAAUGCAAGUGUGGAAGAGUUAGUUUUAGGAAGUGGCAGUACAUCGUUUAUUCCUAUGCGUCAAAGACAGAGAAAAGAAGGUGCGGCUAUCCAAGAUGCAGUAAAUGAGGUUGAUCCAUUAGACUGGCCAUCUACUGAAGGUAAUCUCAUUAAUGAAUUUAAAACAGAUGGUUUAGCUACUAUGGCCUUUCCUACAUUGUUUCCUUAUGGGAAGGGUGACCCAACAAAUAGGGCAAGACAACAUGGUAUAACGUUAACCGAAGCUUUCAAACACUUAAUGAAGUUUGCAGAGAGGCUUGCAGAUGGUAAGUUUGAAUGGAGGUUUGCUUCUCACCCUCGGUUUCCUUAUUGGGCGUUAAACAUGAAACAACGACAUCAGCUGUUGUCACAAGCAAACGUUUACUUGCGUCAACAUCCUGCUGAUGCAAACAUGACAAUGGAAGAACUGAAACAGAUGGUCAAUUCCAUGAGUGCAAAUCAAAUGGUAAAUAGGUUGCAGCGCUAUGUGUCCAAAGUACAAGGUACGAAUCAGUAUUGGUAUCAGCGGCUGCAGGAAUUGCUGGCCCUGAUUGAACAAAAAGGCUGCCCUACUUUUUUCUUUACCUUUAGUGCAGCUGACAUGCAUUGGCCAGACUUACAGAGGCUGUUGCAGAAUGAUGAAGGUGCAAGCAGAUCUGAGCGAGCACAAGCUGUAAUCGACAAUCCCCAUCUGACUGAUUGGUUCUUUAUGCAGCGGCUGCAGGAGUUUGUCAGACAUUGGCUUAAUGGCGUCUUGGAUGCUGAGUGGCACUGGUAUCGUUUUGAGUACCAAGCUAGGGGAAGUAUUCAUUGCCACGGAUGUGCAAAGUUAAAAAAUGACCCUGAUAUAAGAGAAUUACGUAAUAAGGCAUGCAUUGCUUUCCUAGAGAGUGAGACAACAAGGUACGAAAUGUCACCUGAUGAUUUUGAAUUCCUUUGCGGGGAUGUGAUAAGACAGGGAGAAGAUGCUGAGAAGUUGUUAAUACAGUAA